GCAAUAUGAGCCUAUUUUAUCGUUCAGUACUUCUUCUGGCAACGAUUGACAGCCUGCAGAGCCUACCGAACUACGACGUUAUGUUUGAGAAAAUCGAGCAGCUGAAUGGGACGGAUCUGAUUGAAUUCAACAAUAUUCGGGUGCGUAAAUUCAAUCGCACCGUAUCGGUUCUGGAUGGAAAUAUAGAGCUACGGGCUGAAGCGAAUGAUAAAUAUGUGAUAUCCAUACGAAGUGCGUACAGUUCCAAAGGUAACAAUCAAUUCAACGAGUAUCCGAUGAAACUUCCUCCGCAGAGGAUUUGCGAGUUUUUCAACACGACCUGGCGUGAGUACUAUCCGUACUAUAAUGAAACGACGAACUUUCCCGAAGUGGGAGAGUGUCCAAUCACACCGAAGAUGUUCUACGUCAAAAACCAUAUCCUGGAUGGAUCUGUUUUCCCACCCUACAUACCGAAAGGUCUCUGGAGGUUGAGCGUCUUUGGGCGCUUGGUCGAUGCGGAUGAGGUGCUAAUAUGCGUCGAUGUGUACAUAAAGGUGGUGGAUAAAGGAAUUUUCUGAAAGGCGCUUCUCAUCUCGAUUGCUUUUCUUUUCCUGUACUUCUCUUUUCUACAAACCAGAAAUUUUCUAACCAGUUAGGGAGUGUUAGAAGUUUCGUAGCUAUCAUUAAUAUCUGACGAAUUUCAUGCCAACUCGACUGGUCGUUGGCAGCACUAUCUCAGAUAGCAGUGAAACGUUGUGGGUGGUAAGAUUUAAGUUCAUU